CUUUUGUUUGUUGUAUAUUGUGUGUCGUUUAACACUCACACGGCUUUUCUUCGUCAUGUAUUUACCACACCAAAACAGUCUGUAUGCGACCGGCGUGAAGUUACUAUCGUUCUUGCAUUUGGUGUUAUUUUGUUGGCGUCAAUCGUUGAGCUCUCAACUCAGCUUUUCCUCACUCAUCGAAUCGAGUGAAAACCAACCGCAGUGUUGUUGUGCGUUCGCUUCUUUUUUCGUUGUGUGAUACGUUUUUUUCCCUUCAUCUGUCUGUUGUUUUUGCAUUCGUCGGGAACUUAAAAAAACUCGCUCAACAUUUUCAAGCAGUUCUCAAGUCUCGGACUCAAAUUCUUAUUAGACUUUUGCAUCCAUAAUGUUUUGAACAACAACACAACAACCGAACGAAAUAUUAAAAAAAACACUUUUUUCGACCACAACGACCAAAUUCAUUUGCAUACCAGUUCGUGAUCCGUUUUAUUGAGAAUUUUUGUGAUUUUUUUUUCUCAUUGUGCAAAGAAUUUGUUUUGACAGGCAAUUUUUUGUUUUAUCAGUGAAAAUAUGCAGUUACCAACUGACCAACCAAACUAUUUUUGUGCAGUGCAAAUGUUGUGCUUUUUGUGAACUUGAACGAAAAAAUAGAGAUUUUUUUUUAUUCUUCGAAAGAAAGAAAAAGAAUGUGACAUAAAUAUAAAACACCCAUUUUUGAACAUAGUUUGUGCAAUCCAGUUUCGUGCAAGUCAAUGACUAAAAUGACACAUUAAAAGAAAAUAAACAAAUCGCUACAUUGAUAAACAAAUUGAAUAAACAAAUCGAAAGAAGGAAUUCUUAUGAAAAAUAUUGACGAGAAGAGAAAAAAAGUUGAACGAGAAACCAGCUCUUCGAAUCUGAAACAAAUCAAGUGUGGCAACUUUAAAUAAGAGUUUCAAGCGAUUGAAAAAAAAAACACGAAACAAGAGAAAUCGAACCGACGAUUUUGUUAUAAAUAUAGAACACUGAAUUAGUUAGCUGACUGUUGAUGCACGCAUGUUGUAAUGAGAUACGAUAUUCAAGAAUUACAAACGGACGACAUUAAGUCUGCAAAAGGAAUGUCAAUGCAUCCAUUCCUGCAGCUACCCAGACCAACUGAUUUCAGUGUGUCAUCACUUUUGACGGCUGGCAAUGGGGCCGGAGCCACCGGGCACAAUUCAUCUAACACAUCAGCUUCAAAUCAGGCGUGUAGUCCACAACCGAAUCCAAAUCAAGCAUUAAGUCAUCCGCAUCAACCAUAUUUUCAAGCGGCCGCUUUGGCCGCACUGGCCAGUUCACCAGGCGGUCAUCAUCCACACUUGUAUCCUGGUGCUUUGUUACCGAAAUUGCCUCCACAUCCGCAUCAUCAUUUACAGCUCGGCACUCCAUACACAACGGCCGAAGAUGUUGUCCUUGCAUCCGUUGCUGCCCAUCAAUUGCAUCCAAUGCGACCGUUGCGCGCACUUCAACCAGAAGACGAUGGUGUCGUUGACGAUCCCAAAGUCACACUCGAAGGCAAAGAACUCUGGGAAAAAUUCCACAAACUCGGCACCGAAAUGGUGAUCACAAAAAGUGGCAGGCAAAUGUUCCCACAAAUGAAGUUCCGCGUGUCCGGUCUCGAUGCUAAAGCUAAAUACAUUUUAUUACUAGACAUUGUUGCAGCCGACGAUUACCGCUAUAAAUUUCACAAUAGUCGGUGGAUGGUGGCGGGUAAGGCUGAUCCGGAGAUGCCAAAACGAAUGUACAUUCAUCCGGACAGUCCAUCGACGGGUGAACAAUGGAUGCAAAAAGUCGUAUCAUUUCACAAACUCAAGCUAACUAACAAUAUAAGCGACAAACAUGGAUUUGUAAGUACUACGAUACUGAACUCAAUGCAUAAAUAUCAACCACGAUUUCAUUUGGUACGAGCCAACGAUAUUCUCAAACUACCCUACUCCACAUUUCGCACCUACGUUUUCAAGGAAACCGAAUUUAUCGCAGUCACUGCAUAUCAAAAUGAAAAGAUAACUCAAUUGAAAAUCGACAACAAUCCAUUUGCAAAGGGUUUUCGUGAUUCGGGCGCCGGUAAACGGGAAAAAAAUUGUAGGCAAGCGUUGCUGGCACAACGCGGCGUUGGCAGCGAUUCAGACAAAUUGAAUCCAACACAUGUAACUAGCUCUCGAGCUCUACAUCACUUUGAUCAACGUACACGGGCUGAUCUGUGCGGCGACGAUGACGAUAAACUUCUUGAUGUAGUUGGACCACCUCAAAGCCCUCUUUUGCCUAUGAGCCAUUUGUCGCAGUUCAACAGCAAUUCACAUGCAGCGGCUUGGUUCAAUCAUUUUGCUGGCGUGGGUGAUGCGCACUUAUCAAAUGAGGAUGUGCUACGUAAACGUUUGCAAAUGCACAAUGCGACGGGUGAUGAAUCAGAGCGUGAUGGCAGCGAUUCAAGUUGUUCGGAAAGUAUUGGCGGUAGCACUGGAGCAUUUCGUCCAACGGCCAAUAGUCCAAAAGAGGCGAACAAUACAUCGUCAUCGGGUUCGGUUUCAUAUCCAGCACCAAAUAUAUCCGUUGGUCCGCCGAUUCAUCCGCCUCCACAUCUAUUGCCUUAUCUCUAUCCGCACGGUAUUUAUCCGCCACAUCAUUUGUCAUUGUUACACAAUCCGGCUGCGGCUGCUGCAAUGAAUCAUCAAAAUUUGAAUUUUAACCUAUUCAAUGCUCAACUGGCUCUAGCCGCUCAGCAUCCAGCAUUUUUCGGUCAUUAUUCAGGUCAUUCGCAAGUAUCACCGUUACACGCCCUCAAAGGCAAUAACAAUAACAAUCCAGUCACAUCGGGCAGUAGUAGUUUAUUGUCGUCAAGUUCAAAUAAUCGUUUUGCACCAUAUAAUCUUCCGUCAUCCGGUUCGGGAUCGGCUUUUGAUGCGGUGACACCGUCAAAAACGGGUCCACGCAGUUUAAGCAGUAGUCCACGGCCAAUGCGAAAUCACCAUCAAUCGAUACAUUCACCACCAUUAAAUUCACAACAACGGCCCAUUUCCGUUUCACCGACCAUUGUUGUUUCGAAUGAUACCACAAAAUCGAUGCGAAAUUCACCGUCUGAAUUGAAAAGUAUCGAAAAAAUGGUGAACGGUUUGGAUGCAGAUAAACCGAACAAUGGUUCGAUUCAUGAUGAUCGAGAGUCACCGCGUAUCGACUUGGUCGAUCAGUGACACGACGACAAGUCAUUUACAACGCAAUCAUUUUUACGCGAGGCCGAUACGGUAUUGAACGCCAAUCAUUCUUCACCUGACAUCAAUGUCAACAUCACCACGGAGCCAUUCGACGUGCCGCACUCAAAUGGCAUAACGGCUCCACUAUUGGCAUAGCCAUCAAUGGAAUUGAAGCACCGAAGAGUCGAUUGAAUGCGUUACGCAAUCCAAAAUGACCCAUUAGCACGGGUCACAAAUUUAAUCACACUCACACACACACUAACACACACACACCUACAACAACUAAAACUGAAGAAAAAAAUGAAAAUCAUAAAAAGUCUCAUUGAAAUUUAAAAAUAAAUACAAACAAUGGCAUAUAUUUAAGUAAGUGCAAGCUAAACAAUUUACAUGAAUAAGACAUUUAAAAGAAAAAUUGCAUUAAACAAAUUCCUCUCCCUUAUAAACCCCUCACAACAUAAACGUAUAUAUGUGAAGAAGUAUAUAUAUUAAAGAAAACAAAUGAAUAUUCUAUGAAAAGUAUAAUCCUCGUUUAUUUGUAAUUAAAGACACACUACAAAAAAAA